CCAAGCCCCUCCCCCUGCCCAAACACCCCCCCACACACACUCCCUUCUACCCCGCGGGCUGGCCGGCCCCCUCCGCUCCCCUCCUGCUGCCCUCUCGCUGGUUCCCAGCUCGGCUUGCUCGCUCACUCGCUUGCUGCUCCCUCUGCUCCGCUGCAGCUGCAGCGGGGCCAGCCCGGGGGCCCCAGGUUGUAGGACAAUCUGGGACAACUUCACCCAGCCUUCUCGGUCCGAACUCGCCAGCCCCCUGUGAAUGAGCUUGGUAGAACCCAUGGGUGCCUAGUGGUGGCGGGGAUCCGGGGGGCAGGCGCCCCCUUCCCCAUCCUGUGUGCCCCCAGGAGCCCAGCUGGAAAACGGGGUGAGUGAGGCCACAUUCUCCGACCUCCUCCCCCGAGAACUUGGAUGCUGCGUGUUUGGGGACGCUGCCCCGUCUGAAGGUCGGCUCAGGGUCUCGCAGCACCGGGGCUGAGGGGGCCAUCGCCUCUCGAGGUCGGAGGUCAGAGCUUGCUGCCAAGAAUGAGGCCCUCCCGUUGCCCUGGCAUGUCUUUGGUCAUCAGCCCUCUGGGUCUCCUUAUGGCCCUGCUUCUGGGCUGUAUGGCUGAAGAAUCCCCCAGGUUCAUCAAGGAGCCCCGGGAUCAGAUUGGGGUGUCAGGUGGUGUGGCUUCCUUCGUUUGCCAGGCCACUGGAGACCCCAAGCCACGGGUGACUUGGAACAAGAAAGGCAAGAAGGUGAACUCCCAGCGGUUUGAGACAAUUGAGUUUGAUGAAAGUGCUGGUGCGGUUCUUCGGAUCCAGCCCCUGAGGACCCCCCGGGACGAGAACGUGUAUGAAUGUGUGGCUCAGAACCCCAUCGGGGAGAUCACCGUGCACGCUAAGCUCACUGUCCUCCGAGAGGACCAGCUGCCCCCUGGCUUUCCCAACAUCGACAUGGGCCCCCAGCUGAAGGUGGUAGAGCGCACAAGGACCGCCACCAUGCUUUGUGCAGCCAGUGGAAACCCGGAUCCUGAAAUCACCUGGUUCAAAGAUUUCCUCCCAGUGGACCCAAGUACCAGCAAUGGCAGGAUCAAACAGCUGAGAUCAGAAAGUACUCCGAUCCGAGGUGCCCUGCAGAUCGAGAGCAGCGAAGAGACGGACCAAGGGAAAUACGAGUGUGUGGCCAGCAACAGCGCGGGAGUGCGCUACUCGUCCCCGGCUAACCUAUAUGUGAGAGUACGCCGGGUGGCCCCCCGUUUCUCCAUCCUGCCUGUCAGCCACGAGAUUAUGCCUGGAGGUAACGUCAACAUCACCUGUGUGGCCGUGGGCUCCCCCAUGCCCUACGUCAAGUGGAUGCAGGGGGCCGAGGACCUGACCCCCGAGGAUGACAUGCCUGUUGGGCGUAAUGUCCUGGAGCUCACCGAUGUCAAGGACUCAGCCAACUAUACAUGCGUGGCCAUGUCCAGUCUGGGUGUCAUCGAGGCCGUGGCACAGAUUACAGUGAAGUCCCUCCCCAAGGCCCCUGGAACCCCAGUAGUGACAGAGAAUACGGCCACCAGCAUCACCAUCACAUGGGACUCAGGCAAUCCUGACCCCGUGUCCUAUUAUGUCAUUGAGUACAAGUCCAAGAGCCAGGAUGGCCCUUAUCAGAUCAAAGAGGACAUCACCACCACCCGCUACAGCAUUGGGGGCCUCAGCCCCAACUCGGAGUAUGAGAUCUGGGUGUCGGCCGUCAACACCAUAGGACAGGGUCCUCCCAGCGAGUCAGUAGUGACCCGGACCGGGGAGCAAGCCCCGGCCAGCGCCCCCCGAAAUGUGCAGGGCCGCAUGCUCAGCGCCACCACCAUGAUCAUCCAGUGGGAGGAGCCAGUGGAACCCAAUGGCCUGAUCCGUGGCUAUCGUGUCUAUUACACCAUGGAGCCUGACCACCCUGUUGGGAACUGGCAGAAGCACAAUGUGGAUGACAGUCUCCUGACUACCGUGGGCAGUCUGUUAGAGGAUGAGACCUACACGGUCCGAGUCCUGGCCUUCACCUCUGUGGGUGAUGGACCCCUCUCGGAUCCCAUCCAGGUCAAAACGCAGCAGGGAGUACCUGGACAGCCCAUGAACUUCCGGGCAGAAGCUAAGUCAGAGACCAGCAUCAGCCUGACCUGGAGUGCUCCUCGGCAGGAGAGUAUAGUGAUGUAUGAGCUACUCUACCGGGAAGGAGACCAUGGCAAAGAGGUAGGGAAAAACUUUGGACCUACCACCUGGUUCAUCGUGGAGGACCUGAAGCCCAAUACUGAGUACACCUUCCGCCUGGCAGCCCGCUCUGCACAAGGCCUGGGGGCCUUCACCUCGGAGGUCAGGCAGCGCACUCUCCAGUCUAAACCGUCCGCCCCCCCUCAAGACGUAAAAUGCGUCAGCACCAGAUCCACGGCCAUUCUGGUAAGUUGGCGCCCGCCGCCCGCCGAGAGCCAAAACGGUGACCUAGCGGGCUACAGCGUGCGCUACCGAGCCCUGGAUUCUGAGGACCCACAUCCCCGGGAGGUGAAGCAGAUUCCCCCCAGCACCACGCAGAUCCUCCUGGAGUCCCUGGAGAAGUGGACUGAGUACCGCAUCACCGCGGUGGCCCACACGGCCGUGGGACCAGGGCCCGAGAGCUCGCCCAUCAUCAUCCGCACCGACGAAGAUGUGCCCAGUGCGCCCCCUCGGAAGGUGGAGGUGGAGGUGCUGAACUCCACAGCCAUCAGGGUGCUGUGGCGCUCGCCUGUCCCCAGUCGGCAACAUGGACAGAUCCGAGGCUACCAGGUCCACUACGUCCGCAUGGAGAACGGCGAGGCCAAGGGGCUGCCCCAGAUCAAGGACGUCAUGCUGGCCGAUGCCCAGUGGGAAACAGAUGAUACAGCCGAAUACGAGAUGGUCAUCGAUAAGCUGCAGCCUGAGACCUCGUACUCCGUCACUGUGGCAGCCUAUACUAUGAAGGGUGACGGUGCGCGCAGCAAACCCAAGCUGGUGGUGACCAAGGGAACAGUCCUGGGCAAGCCCAGUCUCUCCGUGCACCAGACCCUGGACAACAGCCUGCAGGUGCGCUGGGAGCCAGCCCCGGGGUCCGAGGGCCAGGUCCUAGGCUACCGGCUGCAGUUUGGCCGGAAGGACGUGUCCCCCUUAGCCACCCUGGAGUUCCCAGCCUCAGAGGACCAAUAUACCGCCACCAGCAUCCACAAAGGGGCCACGUACGUGUUCAAGCUGGCCGCUAAGAGCCGGGCGGGCUUCGGGGAGGAGGCGGCCCAGGAGCUCAGCAUCCCCGAGGACGUGCCGCAAGGCUACCCGCACAUCCUGGAGGCUGGCAACGUGUCGGCAGCCUCGGUCCAGUUCCGCUGGCUGCCCCCCGUGCCGGCCGAGAGGAACGGGGCCAUCGUCAAGUACACCGUGGCCUUCCGAGAGGCCGGCGCGGCGGGGCCGCCCGUGGAGACGGAGCUUCCCGCAUCACCAGAUAACUCGUUCACCUUGCAAGGCCUCAAGCCCAACACAGCCUAUGAUGUUAAAAUCCGUGCCCACACGAGUCAGGGCCCCGGGCCCUACAGCCCCACUGUCCGCUAUCGGACAUUCCUCCCGGACCAAGUCUCGCCCAAAAACUUCAAGGUGAAGAUGGUGAUGAAGACCUCGGUCCUGCUGAGCUGGGAAUUCCCUGAAAACUAUAACUCCCACACGCCCUACAAGAUCCAGUACAAUGGGCUCAACAUUGACGUGGAUGGUCGCACCACCAAGAAACUCAUCACCAACCUCAAGCCCAGCACCUUCUACAACUUCGUGCUGACCAACCGCGGGAACAGCAUGGGCGGCCUGCAGCAGACGGUCGCCGCCUGGACAGCCUUCAACAUGCUGAGCUCCAAGCCCGCCAUCACCCACAAGCCCGAGGCAGACGGCCGCGUGCUGGUGCAGCUCCCCGACGGCCAGAGCCCCGUGCCCGUCCAGAGCUACUUCAUCGUGGUAGUGCCUUUGCGGAAGACCCGGGGAGGCCAGUUCCUGAAUCCCCCGGCCAGCCCAGAGGACAUGGACCUCGAAGAGCUCAUCCAGGACAUCUCAAGGCUGCACCGGCGGAGCCUGCGCCAUUCCCGCCAGCUGGACUCCCCCAAGCCCUACAUCGCCGCCCGCUUCUACUCUCUGCCCUCGCGCUUCGAGCUGGGUGACCAGAGACACUACAGCGGCUUCGACAACAAAGGCCUCGAGGCCGGCCAGAGAUACGUCUUCUUCGUCCUGGCCGUGCUGCAGAAGACGGAGCCCACAUUCGCGGCCAGCCCUUUCUCCGACCCCAUCCAGCUGGACAAUCCUGACCCACAGCCCAUCAUCGACGGGGAGGAGGGCCUCAUCUGGGUCAUCGGGCCUGUCCUGGCUGUCGUCUUCAUCAUCUGCAUCGUGAUCGCCAUUCUUCUGUACAAGAACAAACGGAAGGACUCGGAGCCACGCACCAAAUGCCUGCUGAACAACGCAGACCUCGCCCCACACCACCCGAAGGACCCCGUGGAAAUGAGGCGCAUCAAUUUCCAGACACCAGAUUCUGGCCUCAGCAGCCCCCUCAGUGACCCCGAGUUUCACUUUGAAAGUAUGCUCAGCCACCCUCCCAUCCCCAUCACCGAGAUGGCUGAGCACACAGAGCACCUCAAAGCCAAUGACAACCUGAAGUUAUCCCAGGAGUACGAGUCUAUUGACCCUGGACAACAAUUCACAUGGGAGCACUCUAAUCUGGAGGUGAAUAAGCCCAAGAAUCGUUAUGCCAACGUCAUCGCCUAUGACCACUCUCGGGUCAUCCUUCUCCCCAUGGAAGGCAUCGUGGGCAGCGAUUACAUCAACGCCAACUACAUAGACGGUUAUCGAAAGCAAAACGCAUACAUCGCCACCCAGGGGCCCCUGCCGGAGACCUUUGGCGACUUCUGGCGCAUGGUGUGGGAGCAGCGCUCGGCCACUGUGGUCAUGAUGACCAAGCUGGAGGAGAAGUCCCGGAUCAAGUGUGACCAGUACUGGCCCAGCCGGGGCACAGAGACCUACGGUGUGAUCCAGGUCACCCUGCUAGACACCAUUGAGCUGGCCACGUUCUGCGUCCGGACCUUCUCCCUGCACAAGAACGGCUCCAGUGAGAAGCGUGAAGUACGCCAGUUCCAGUUCACGGCGUGGCCAGACCAUGGCGUCCCCGAGUACCCGACCCCCUUCCUGGCCUUCUUGAGAAGAGUGAAGACCUGCAACCCGCCCGACGCAGGCCCCAUUGUGGUACACUGCAGUGCCGGCGUGGGCCGGACGGGCUGCUUCAUCGUCAUAGACGCCAUGCUGGAGCGCAUCAAGCCCGAGAAGACCGUGGACAUCUACGGCCACGUGACCCUCAUGCGCUCCCAGCGCAACUACAUGGUCCAGACCGAGGACCAGUACAGCUUCAUCCACGAUGCCCUUCUGGAAGCCGUUGCCUGUGGCAACACCGAGGUCCCCGCCCGCAACCUCUACUCCUACAUCCAGAAGCUGGCCCAGGUGGAGACCGGCGAGCACGUCACGGGCAUGGAGCUGGAGUUCAAGAGGCUGGCCAACUCCAAAGCCCACACGUCCCGCUUCAUCAGUGCCAACCUGCCCUGUAACAAGUUCAAGAACCGUCUGGUGAACAUCAUGCCCUACGAGAGCACCCGUGUGUGCCUGCAGCCCAUCCGCGGCGUCGAGGGCUCUGACUACAUCAACGCCAGCUUCAUUGACGGCUACCGGCAGCAGAAGGCCUACAUCGCCACCCAGGGGCCCCUGGCAGAGACCACCGAGGACUUCUGGAGGAUGCUGUGGGAGAACAACUCCACCAUCGUGGUGAUGCUCACCAAACUGCGCGAGAUGGGCCGGGAGAAAUGUCACCAGUACUGGCCAGCAGAACGGUCGGCACGCUACCAGUACUUUGUGGUGGACCCCAUGGCCGAGUAUAACAUGCCCCAGUACAUCCUGCGGGAGUUCAAGGUCACCGACGCCCGGGAUGGUCAGUCCCGGACUGUCCGCCAGUUCCAGUUCACAGACUGGCCAGAGCAAGGUGUGCCAAAGUCCGGCGAAGGCUUCAUUGACUUCAUCGGCCAAGUGCACAAAACCAAGGAGCAGUUUGGCCAGGACGGGCCCAUCUCUGUCCACUGCAGUGCUGGCGUGGGCAGGACUGGGGUCUUCAUCACGCUCAGCAUCGUCCUGGAGAGGAUGCGCUACGAGGGGGUGGUGGACAUCUUCCAGACGGUGAAGAUGCUACGGACACAACGGCCGGCCAUGGUGCAGACGGAGGACGAGUACCAGUUCUGCUAUCAGGCUGCUCUUGAGUACCUCGGAAGUUUUGACCACUAUGCAACAUAAAAAGCCAUCCCUCCCCACGCCACCACGGCCCGGACGGCACGGACGCUCCCCCUUCCCACGCGAGGAAGGGGCCUCCAACCGAUUACCACAAACCGAACCCAACAAGUACCUUUUAAUUUGGACACCACGGCGAGAGCGCGGGGGAGGGGGCGGGCGAGGGGGGCGGCCCCCCUCCCCCGGCAGGCUCAGCCAGGGGGCCUCGCUUCGGGAAGGCCGCAGCAUGAACUCAAGGCGCCGAGGCCGGCCUGAGCUGCGGGGGCUCCUUACCUCAAGCCGGCUCUGGGGCCCAGGCCACCCUGCCCCUCCCCCACGCCCCGGGGAGGGGCACAGUCGCUUGGGUCCCAUUCUUCAAAGUUUGGUUUCUUUGUUAAUCUGGUCGGCCAUUUCUAGGGGAAGCCAGCCCCCACCGCCACUCACGCACGCAGAGCCCCGCCGCAGCCCUGAGCCAACAACCACACCGACUUACAGCGCAGCGCAGGGGAAGAGACUCGUUAUGACACGGCCCCGCCCUCCCGGGGUGCUGGGGUCCUAUCACCCUUUUGAAUACUUGGAACAUUCCUCAUUUCCUUUUUGAUUCCAAAAAAAAAAAAGUUCUUUCUGGAAAGAUUGAGAAAAAGACACGGGGGGAGGGGCAGCGCGGCUUCCCUGCCCGCGGGACCUGAGGGGGUGGGGCGGGGCACAGGAGCUGCGGAGGCCAGCCCAUGGGCUCUGGCCUCGGAGUCUCUGGCAGACUGCCCCUCCUCCCUCCCACCACAGCCUCCUAACCCUAGCAUUUGGACUAGAAGAAACUAGGAUCCAUCACUUUGCAGGUGGGGCGGAAGCCUGCGGCCGGCAGAGGCUGCCUCCACCACCCCGCUGCCGCCGCCACGCUGGCCCCGCCCCCUCGGGAUAAGCAGGAGGUCUCCGAAGGGGUCCCAACCCCCCUCCCAGCCGUCAGAUCCAUCGGGAAAGGGCAGAGCCUCGGCCCUGCGCUGUGAGCGGCUUUCUUUAACGUAUCGAUGUAACUGUAACCAGUGACAUUACCGUUUUUUUUUAAAUAGUGUAUUUUUUCCUUUUUUUAAAAAAACAACUGACAGAAUAUGAGUCAAUGAAUUUAAAAGAAAAUUUGCUUAUUCAUAUUACGUUCAAAGACAGUCUAUUUUUUCACGGUAGAAACGUUCUGUGUACUGGCUGUGAUUAUCUACGAGAUUACGUGCGAAUCGCUACUUCUGCAUAUGCUUUUCUACCAUUGGAAAGGUCCAACUCGCUCAUGUAAGAAUGAACUGUCCUUGUUUUGUUUUUAAAUUAAAUCUCAGACAUAUCAGGCACGGUUCCAAGCGCGGGGAGGCCGGGAGAAGGCCAGACAGCAGGCCCCCUCCUCUUUUUAGCUCCCCCGCCAGGACCAGACGCCCACCAGCGGCAGGAGGGAUGGUACCUUCUGCCCUGGCAGCCCCCCUUUCCCCAGCCUGGCAGGUGCCCCUGGCCGAAGCCAGACAUCCAGGAGCAACCACUUAGGUGCCCGUAGGCCCUUGGGGCUCAGACGGUAUUGCCAAAAGUGCAGAGGUGAAGGAAGAGGCCUCUCCUACCUGGGGCUGCCCCCCUCUUCGGGGAAGAUGGACCUUGGGGUACAGGUGGGGGGUGGGACUCACACUCAGACCGCCACCCAGCCUACCUCCUGUGCUGACCAGGGAGGGCCUGGGCCUGCACCAUCCCCAAUCCUAAAGGCCGUGGGACCAGGCCCCCCACUCUGACUGCUGUCCCCCCCAGCCAGGACUUUAUGGGGGAGACCAGGGGAAGGAGGAAAGCAGAUGCCAACCGAGACCAGUUUUUUCUCUUUGUAUGAGAGCAGAUGCUAUGGGUUUCCCACUGUUACUUCAAGCUGAAACUGUAAGUGGUUUCCUGCCACUCUGUAUGUAGAUAUAUCGACUUUGUAUUAAAGGAAGAUUGUCUGAAA